AUGGAGUGUGAGAGGUGUAUGAGGAUUCAUGCCGGCUUGCCCGAGGUGUUUUGGGCGGAAGCGGUUAACCAUGCUUCCUCUUUGGUUAACCGAUCGUCAUCGAAGUAUCUUGAUUUCAAGUGUGCGGAAGAGAGCGGCGUGAAAGGUUUCCAGUUAUGGGAUCUAGUGAACCAAAAGAAAAUACUCAGUAGAGAUGUUGUGUUUGAUGAGAAGCCCGUGCCUAUGAUCAAAGUUAAGAAACCAGAGGCAAAAGAGGAUGUUGUUGGAACAAAGACAAUCGUUACAAUUUCACCAAGUAGGGUGUUCAGGGAUACUCCAAGUAUGCAACCAAUUGAAAACGUUCAUGGGGUGGUGGAGUCCGAUACUGAGGUGGGGGGAAUUUGGGAAAUAACAACAAACGCAAGAUGA